GUGAAGGAGCUAUCGUGUAGGUACACAAAGAACGAAACCGGUAUAGAAGUAGAAAGUUCUAUCACUCGACUCGUAGCAGAGUUUGAAGUUGAACGUAGAAAAGCCAGAAAAUGGCCCCGGGAGGUGGACCUUUCCGGAUCCCGCCCGGUGCCCCGCGGUACCCUCCGCCGGACCGGUCGCGGCGGCUCCCAGUAGAGGAUAUCGACCCGGAAGACGACUUUAAUCAAGCAAAAAGUGGUAGUCUGCUCGACUGGUUACUCUUGUCCAGACCGGGGGUUCUGAUCAACGACUUGCCGGUGGAUCCCAGCUCGCCCUGCUACGCACUCGAGAGUUUGUUCACGGGGUCGAGCCCCUCCAGUUCUUCAGCAGACGAGGAUUAUUUCGGCCCAAAACUGCAAGCGCCAGUGCAGAACGACAUGGUCGUGGCAGAGGACAGGAAUAUUAAACUCGAGUUAUCCUCUUUCGCUCAGAAACUCGCACAGCACCCGAACGCGGUUGAGUCGAUCCUCAAAGAAGGGCAGCACCUCAUGGCCCCAAAGCAGGGAACCACAGACGACAUGCAAGCGUUUUCCGUCGUGAAAAACGAAACGGUCUUCUACAACAGCGCCACAUCGCAUCGAUCGGUUGCUGGUAAGAACAAAAAGAACUCUUUAUUAUCUUCUUCUCGAUAAGGUAGAAUUUGAAUUUGCAUUGAUUUGCGCAUUUGUAAAAAACCGAACUGCAGCUUAAGUGUUGAUGGAAGAGCACGAGCGCGCCAGAAGGAAAAUGCUUUGUGUACUCCUCCAUUGCCUUAGGCCAAGUCCAGAGUAAAGAAAGUCUGCACAGGAAUCAAUGUUGAAUAAAAAUCAGGUAAAAUCCACUACUGCAUGUCUUGCCCGGGCUGGAACAAAGUCACCGAUGUCCGGUACGUCUACUCUCGGUGGGAGUGGACCCGGUGCUGCUACGGGAAGUGCAACUGCGUUUCCGGCAGGCAGCUGGACCAGUUUAAUGCCGACCUGAUCGUGGACAUAAGCGCACACCAAAACCUGUGCCAGAUCUGCCGCGGGGAAGGCGACAUGGUGCUGCACAAGCUCGCGGGAGGCGACCUGUCCGACUCGAGCAGCACCUUCAUUCUGAACGACGUCCCGGACGUGGCCACCGUGUUUCAGCAAAUGACGUUCCGCUUGUCGCGCAUGAACUUGAAGGGCUUGGCCGCGAUGGGCUUGGGCAGGCUGAUGGGGGCGGUAAGAGCAGGGUUUUUCAUGUUGCAGUCUCUGGGUUUGUUCGUAUUUCAAAGUCAAAGAUCAAGAUACCACAAAGAAGACUACUUGAAUUUUACAACUGAGGACGAAAGAACGCCUCAGCCUCUCCUCGAAUUUCAAUCCUUCUAUCGAAACCUCACCAGGUAACCUGGACCUGGCCGGCCGGCAUGGAUGGCCCUGCGACGAAGACUGUGGACAAGCACAAAGAAGCGGUGUACUACGACAGUGAGACGACGAAGCGCACCUGUAUCCCACAGAAAAAAGCUGGCAGGGCAUAUUUGUAAUGCAAAAAUAAAUACGCAGAAAAAUCUGUCAUGGGCGGCCUCGUAGCAUGCUAUUUAGGAUAUGCAAUACAAAUUUUUUUGUCUAUUUAUUUUUGCAUUACAAAUACGACCUGCCAGUUUUUUUCUGUGUGAUAACCUGCUGUGGUUACCUGUUCAACGCGCAUUGUUGCGCCAAGCCGCAGUACAAGAUCACCUCGGAACGCGUCCUGUACACGGAGUGGGACUUUUGGUACCUCUGCGACGACCCGGCGCACCUCGCCUGCUUUCCCUUCUACAGCUGCUUCUUCUGCUGUCGCGCGUCGAUGGAAGACAUGUGCUGUUGCGCCGGUGACGCCGUAUCACAAUAAAAAACGCCCCCACCCCCGAACUUGGGAGGAUUUGUAUUGCAAACUUUUCUAACAGAAACACUCGCCCUCUUGCAUCUAGCAGCAUCACAGAUUUCCAAUCGUGAAUAGCGAAGAUUUGUAUUGCAACAGAUCCCAGCAAGAGCGGCGCUUGUCAUGCAAGCAAUGCUAUAUACGCCUAGACUUUGCAUCACAAGGAUUCAUAUUCCUUUCAUGCAUGACAAAAAGUUUUCAUUUGGAAACUUCGCAUCGCAAAUUAUUGCAACUUUUGGGGUGGGGGCAUUUUUCACAGUAAUACGCCGCGGCCCGCAUCCGCAAGAUGCAGGACCGGCAGAUCGCGAAGAAGGCGCAGAUAUCGUGAGCAAAAACGUCCCCACCCCAUAGUCAAGAUGGGAAAUCUGCUAGACAAAUCUCCAAGUUUUGGGAGUUGCGCAUGACAGGUUUGCCUCUGCAGUGUAGUGCUGGUUAGCAAGGCGGGAAGCCGCAUGAGUAAGCGACUUUCUCAUCCUGUUUACAGCAUUACAAAUUUCAAAACACGUUUGGAAAUGCUUCUCAUGGAGCUGCGCAUUAUAAACGUUCCUGUUAUUGCGCAUUUGCAUUACAGCUCUGGCGUGGGGACGUUUUUACACAGGAUAGCAGAAGGAAGCCCGGGGCUGCUGCGACAAGAUGUGCUCCGUUCCGGUGGGCCGCACGUACAAGUUCUUCGACAUGGACAUCGUCGCUGACGUGGGCGCGCACCAAAACUGUUCACAGCUGGCGUUGAACGAGGGGGAUUUGCAACUGUACCGAUUAGUCGGGGGCGAUAUCGACAAUAGCAAAAAGGUGUUUUUGGUGAAAGACGUGCCGGAGGUGUUCUCGAAAUUUGACGACUUGAGCUACGUCAUGUCCCAGAUGGACUUGACGCACUUCCGGCAGUCCGCGAUUGGGCAGAGAAUGAUGAAGAUGCUGCCGUAUGGGUCCUAGGAGGUACUCGAAGGACUACGUGUAGUUUCAAAAACUAAAACUCGAUCGUGAGUCAGCCGCGUUUCGUUGUAUGCAAGAUUAACUAAGUUGCGAAGGAACAAGUUUCAAGCAGCUCUCCUCUCCACUCCGUAUUUUUCUACAGUUAUGAUCAUGAUGUCGAUCUCUCUCAAUAAAGCUACACUCACAGCCUUGGAAAAAUCAAUCCUAGCUUUACGUAUGUUACACUCAAAAGCAACGGCAACCACCCGCUCCGCGACGAAGGUGGCGAAGCACCCUUCGAGAAUGAGAAAUAAGGGUAAAACCCAAAUAUCUUUGUAUCAACGCUGCGUACUUUAUCCGUUUCGCUUUUCGAGGUUUUAUUCCUAUCUGCUUGCCGCACCACAGCAAGCAAAAAGUAAAGUCACCUCCAAGAUAGUGAAAAGUGCUUUCCUGUCAGGAGGUCGUGGAGCUGCUUUUGAAUAAAGGCGCUCUACCAGCUGAGCAGGACGGACGAAAUAAUAUGCAUCUGCUUCAACUUUGCUUUCUUGUUCGCUUACUGGUUUCCGUUUCAAAGUACUAGAAGUAAGUAGAACGAUGAAGAUGAAAAAAAAGACGGAGCUGCGCUGCCUAUCUAGCACAUACGUGGGAUUUGCUCGCGUCACUUGUUCCGCAAUUUUUCCCUGACUCGACGCUCAAUUGUAAAUUGGAGUAAAC